AUGUCUCAUCUUCCCAAGAACUACCACAAAUGGUCGUCUCCCCACGACAAGGAGGAGGUGAAAAGAAUUGUCAUUGCAAAGACUGGAAACCCCCCUCCAGAUUACUGGUGGAUGGAUGAGGAGGAUAGGGAAAGUAUUGAGGAGGAAUGCUUCCCAUACAGACCUUUCGAAAAGCCAAAGUCAACCGCUCGUCGCCUCACGUAUGAGGCCUCGUACACAGCCAAACCCAACCCCCAUCCCAACACAGCCAAACCCAACCCCCAUCCCAAUCCCCAUCCCUACACAAACUUCUUCGACGAGAUCGAACAGGAGGAAGCCGUGGCAUGCAAUAAUAUGGAAUAUGAGCUGACUGAGGGCAGACUUGUGUUUAGGCCACCUGACUACAUUGAGGACUACGCGGAUCCAAGUGCUCCCUAUCAUCUUCACUGCACCAAGUGCCACCUGAUGCCGUGCGUGACCAAGACUUUGGAGGCAAAGGCCAUACUCAGGAAGGUGGUCAAGAACCAAAUGAUCAAACGACCCAAGUGCAAGAAACAACUGGUGGACAAUCUAACAACCAGCAUUGAUAAAAUCAGGUGCCAAGUUUUGGCAAUCAGAUACAGAAAAGUCAAUGUGUCUGCUUGUGUUACCGAACAUGCCCUAAGUAAUGUUGCUUUCCGGGCACACUUACUACCCAAGAGUUUGAGAUUCGACUUUCCCAAUCCUGUGGACAUACCCCGCAAAAGUGAGGAGGAGAAAUCACAGGAGGAAGAAGCCAAGGCUCGUGCAGCUGCUGUUGCAAAGGCUGCCAAAGAGAAGAAGAGACAGGCAAUGAAGCUGGCAAUUAGGGACUUUGACUCUGACCAUGAUUCCUCCGACGAAGAAUACUACCGCAAGUACAUUGAAAUUAAGCCAUAUGACCAUAAAGGGUGGGCCCUGAUAAAUCAGAUGACGAAGGAAGUGGAUGAGAUCAUGAAGGGCAAGUAUACAAAAUGGACCUGCCGAGCUGCAGUCAAAAAGGCUGCAGUCAAAAAAGAUGCAGUCAAAAAAGCAGCCACAAAAGCCUCUGAAAAACCCAAGAAGGACGACCUCGUGUGUAACCGGAACAGUGACAGUGACGGUGACAGUGACAGUGACAGCCACAGUGACAGUGACGGUGACAGUGACAGUGACAGCCACAGUGACACAGAAGAGCCCAGUGGCACAGAAGAGCCCAACACCCAAGGAGAGACAGAAGAGCACAAAGAGCCCAGCACCGAAGGAGUCAUGGCCAAACUUGGUCAAUUGGCAGCUGAGGGAAAGCUAAUUUUCUCUCUCUCUGAUUUGCCGGAAUACAAGGAAGAUGAAGAGGAGGUUGAAGAGGAGGUUGAAGAGGUCCCAACUCAGUCAGCCUCUCAGUUCUUCCAAGAGGUAGAGGUGCCAACUCAGUCCGCCUCUCAGUUUACAUCUCAGUCUGCCCAGUUAACUCACAUGCAAGAGAACCCCAUUCAGGCAAGUACUGCCCUUGGCAAGAGAGCUAGCACGUCUGCUGAAGAUUUUGCCUUUGCCAGGAGAAAGGCCAAGAUCCCUAGGGUGUCAAUUGAGCCCUCUGACGUGCCAAUCAAGGACUACCAGGAAUGCUUGGAGAACAGGGGCUAUCAGUGGGAAUGUUAUGCCGACUGUUCAUGUAGCAGUCAGACAUUCUCAGAGUCUUGCAGUCAGCCUUUCCCUGAAGAGUACUAG